AUGGAAGCAGACACACAGAGGCACCGCCCGCUGGCUCUUGGCUCCAAGGGAGGAAAUCAGCUCCUACACACUCAGACCCACACGCUGCCCGGCAAUGCAGGGCUGCUCACGGAGGCCUGGGUGCUCUGCGCGGCCCGCCCCUGCCCACCCGAUGCUGGGUUCAUGGCGCUCUGCACGCUGGGCUGCGGCACCCUGUCCUGCAGGCGGGGAGACCGGGCCCCACGGAGGCACUUCCGUGUGCAGCAGGCAGCCCCGGCCUUCGGGAGGAGCGAGACGUGGGCGGGGAGCCGCAGGGUCACCAGCGCUGAGGGAAGAAGGGCUGUCCUCCCGCAGCUCCCGACUCGGGCCUUCGCGCCCCCGCCCCACCCGAGGACGCCGCGAGCCUCCUGGUUGGCCGGACGCGGAGACCCCGCCCUCGCGGCCGGCCAGGUUCCGCGUCUGCCCGAGAGGACUGAGCCCGCCCCGCGCACAGCGCUCCACUCGGCCAGAUGUAUUUAUUCCCGCCGCACAGGCGUGAGCUCCUCUGGUUCCUACAGGCCGGGGCCCAGCCGGGAGGGCGGCUCCCGGGGCAGAGCGCCUGGGGGCAGGGCCGCCGGCACCUCCCUGUCGGCCCAGGCCGCCCCGCCUCCCGAGAACCUGACCCGGGCUCGCCUCCCGCCGGGCACGAAGGCCCCGCCCGUCCCAGGCUGCCGCUCUGCAGUCAGACUGCGCCGUGAAAAGAAUAAACACCUCGCCUGUCGUUUCUAA